AAGUUAAAGUCUCCGGCGAGCAGCUCGAAAGCGACGCAGCUGCCUCCUCCAUUUCCCACUCCCCUUGCCUGCAGCUUCUAGCUAGCUUGCAAGGCAUUAGCUCUUGUUCUAGCUGACGAGAGAGAGAGAGAGAGAGAGAGAGAGAGAGAGAGCUGGCCUGAAGAAUCAAUGGCGUCGCCGCGGCUGAAGAGGGAGCAGUCGUUCGACUUCGAGGAGGCGAGCGCGCAGGAAGCCGUGGGAUCCGCGUCGGCGUCGUACAGCCCUCCCGGGGGCGGCGGCGUCUUUGGCAUCUCGCCGCCGGAGUCCUCGCCGCGCGACGGCCGGAAGAGAAGGAAGGAUAGACCAUCAUUGGUGAAACAUACGUUCACACCUCAUUUUGAUGGUCAUUUGUGGAGGAAGUAUGGCCAGAAGAACAUCAAGGACUCUGCUUUCCCUAGGUUAUAUUACAGAUGCUCUUACCGUGAGGACAGACAGUGCCUUGCCUCCAAGCUGGUGCAGCAGGAGAACGACGACGACCCGCCACUGUACAGGGUCACCUACACGUACGAGCACACCUGCAACACCACGCCCGUCCCGACCCCCGACGUCGUGGCCGAGCAGCCGCCGCCGGGCGCCGCCGGCGACGCGUACCUCCUCAGGUUCGGCUCCUCCGCUGGCGGCGGCGGCGGCGGCGCUCAUCAGCAGCAGACCGAGCGAGAACGACAGCAGCAAAAUACAGCGAGAAGAAGGCCAUUCAUGAUGCUGAGCUUCGAUUCUAGUAGCAGCCAUCAGCUGCACGAGCAGCCGCACGCGUUCCCUCCCGACGGCCAGCUGCCGGCCACGGCCGCGGCCGCGUCGCCGUCGUCGUUCACGGCAGCCGAGGCGUUGGCGGCGCCGCCGCUCACGACGACGAUGAACGACGGAGGCGACCUGUUCUCGACGUGGGACGCGCUCAGGUAUGGUUUGGACUAUGACCACGGGCACCUUGGUAACCAUGUUUAUCUCCCUGAUGACUGUAAUGGUGGUGAUGAUAAUUACUGAUGUAACGGACCGAGUGCAAAUUCACGUACGGUCACGACCUUAAAAUUAACCGUGACCAUUAUUUGAUCAGGAAUUGAGUAGUACGGGGAAUACAUAUUAAUUCUUUGCGGGAGACGUAAUGGUUACUUGCUCACUAAUUGAGCAGGGAAUAAUUAAGGCCAUGUUUAGAGGCAUUUGGAAUAGCAAAUGGCAAAUGGCAAAGUUUUGGUAGCAAAAGUUUUGGCAUUGCAUUUUUGCAAGUUGGUGUUUAGAGGCAUACAAAAGUUUUACCAUUCUUCCAUAAAGACAUAUUUGCCCAUAUUAAUUGCUUCC